GCAAGCUUUCCCGAGAGAGGGUGGAAUCAGAUAUUGUCUGGCAAUGAGAGACACAGUCAGGGAAGGCACGGGGAGGAGGUGGCAUUGAGUAGAGCAUUGAAAGGUAUGAGUGGGUCUACAGCAGGUGGAGAAGGGCCCCAGAGCAGCAUGUGCUUCCCAUGCUUGAAUCAUCUGAGGAUCUUGUAGAAAAUGCAGAUUUUGACUCUUUUGGUCAAGGAAGGGGGAAGUAGAGGUUUUGCAUUUCUAACAAGCUCCCUGGUGAGGCUGAUGUCUCUGGCUCGAAGGACAGAUCUGGAACCACCGAGCUGCCUCCCUGUACAUCCUUGACCUUUGAGGUGAGGUCUAGACUGGAAACUGGUGUAGGCUUGACAUAAGGUAGGUUGUGAAGUGCUUGGUUAAAGAGGUGAAGUAGAGGCCAGGAGCUCAUUCCGAUCUGGUUUUAGGUGUGAGAACUCCAUGCCUUUCUUUGAUCACAGGGCCAUUAACUCAGCCUUUGUGUGGGCUUCCUCCUUUUCCUGAAUUCUUCCUUUCAAAGUUCACUGGUAAUUUCCAGUGAUAUCUAUUUGACUUUAUGAUGGUCUCCAAUCUCUUGGGACAUAUUGCUAAAAUGUAACUUUGAUCCUUCAGAAAGAAAUUGAUUCUAUUAUUGGUAUAUUUAACAAUGAUUUUUAUCAACUGCCAGUCUAUCUUUUUGUGAUCCAGUCCAAUGAUAAACUUUUAAAAACCAUAGCUCAUGAAUUAACUAAAUGGACCUCCUUUUUAGAGUAGAGACUAUAAAUUAGAAACGUGUGUAGACAGUGUCCACUUACUCAUGGCAGAGAUAGAACUACUAGUAAAAAAAAAAUCACAGAGACAUUCCUUUCUGCUUCUUCGCAAGGGCUACACCGUAACAGACUGGAUUCAGUGUACUGUGGUGGGGCUUAGCUGUCCACACGAGGAAUUUGAUAACGGCUCUAUACCUUCACAUCCUCAUAUCUUGGCCCUGAUUGCGUUCAUCUGCAUAGAGACCAUCAUGGAAUGCUCCCCGUGUGAAGGCCUCUACUUUUUUGAGUUUGUGAGCUGCAGUGCGUUUGUGGUGACCGGAGUCUUGCUGAUUCUGUUCAGUCUCAACCUUCACAUGAGGAUCCCCCAGAUCAACUGGAACCUGACGGAUUUGGUCAACACUGGACUCAGCACUUUCUUUUUCUUUAUUGCUUCCAUUGUACUGGCUGCUUUAAACCACAAAGCCGGAGCAGAAAUUGCUGCCGUGAUAUUUGGCUUCUUGGCAACAGCGGUGUAUGCGGUGAACACAUUCCUGGCCGUGCAGAAAUGGAGAGUCAGCAUCCACCAGCAGAGCGCCAAUGACUACAUCCGAGCCCGCACCGAGUCCCGGGACGUGGAUGGGCGCCCCGAGAUCCAGCGCCUGGACACAUGAGGGCCCAGCAGGGUCCUCCCUCAUCCUCGUGCCCGUCCUUUCAAUCAAGUUUUCUUUCCCUCGUCA